UUCCUGUUUCGGACAAUCCGUGUCCAAAAUCCUCUUCACCUCCGCAAAUGCUUCUCUUUUUACCUCUUUCCAUUCCACUCCAUGCAUAUAUAGUCCUGAAUCCAAAGCUUUCCUAAGUUCCAUCAUUUAAUCUUCCUCCGCUCAUUUAUUCCCUCUUCUUCAUACUAUCAUUUCAACAAAUCCAGGAAAGAGAGGAAAAACCUCAAAUCCUAACAAUGUCCGGACCCAAAAGGAAAAGAGGCCGAAAACCCAAAAAUACCCUCGCCGAGACCAUGGAUUUCCAGCUAACCACCAACCCCACCAUAUCAUCCUCUCCAUCCGAUGAUGUCACCAUCGCCUCCAUCGCCCACAACGCCGAAGCUUCGGCCGACGCCAGCCCUCCGUCAAAGGUGGCCAACCGACGCCGCGGCCGGCCCCGGAAGGAAACGGGGAAACCCGAGAACGGAUCCCUAAGCCCCCCUCCGAGGAGGAACCCUGCUACCACGACCAUUGUCGUUGCGGGCGAUUCCGCGCGGCUCAAUUCCGAGCCACCGCUGCAGCAACGGUGGGAAAAUGCGGUCAGGGUCGUGCCGUCAAUGGAUGCUGUGGUGAAGGUGUUCUGCGUCCACACCGAGCCCAAUUUCUCGCUGCCGUGGCAGCGGAAGCGGCAGUACAGCUCGAGCAGCAGCGGUUUCAUCAUCGGCGGCGGGCGGAGGGUGCUGACUAAUGCGCACUCUGUGGAGCAUUACACUCAGGUCAAGCUGAAGAAGCGUGGAUCCGACACCAAGUACCUGGCGACGGUGCUCGCAAUUGGGACCGAGUGUGAUAUUGCCAUGCUGACAGUUAAUGAUGACGAGUUCUGGGAAGGAAUUUCACCUUUGGAGUUUGGAUCUUUGCCUGCUCUCCAAGAUGCUGUUACUGUUGUUGGCUACCCAAUUGGAGGAGAUACAAUCUCUGUAACAAGUGGUGUUGUGUCUCGCAUGGAAAUCUUAUCCUAUGUUCAUGGGUCCACAGAGCUUUUGGGACUGCAGAUAGAUGCAGCUAUAAACUCAGGAAAUUCUGGUGGGCCUGCUUUUAAUGAUAAAGGAAAAUGUGUGGGAAUAGCAUUUCAGUCUCUCAAACAUGAAGAUGUAGAAAAUAUAGGGUAUGUCAUACCAACGCCUGUCAUUACUCACUUCAUUCAAGACUAUGAAAAGUCGGGAGAAUAUACAGGAUUCCCGUCUCUCGGAAUUGAGUGGCAGAAGAUGGAAAAUCCUGAUUUGCGCAAGGCAAUGGGAAUGGCGUCUGAUCAGAAGGGUGUACGCAUUAGAAGGAUAGAGCCUACUUCUCCAGAAUUCAAGUUCCUGAAGCCAUCUGAUAUUAUCCUUAGUUUUGAUGGUAUUAAUAUUGCUAAUGAUGGAACAGUUCCUUUCAGGCAUGGAGAACGCAUUGGUUUUAGUUACCUUGUUUCUCAGAAGUAUACUGGUGAAAAUGCUGUUGUUAAGGUUCUCCGAAAGUCACAAAUUCUUGAAUUCAAUAUAAAACUUACAACCCACAAGCGGCUUAUUCCAGCACACAUUAAGGGAAAGCCUCCUUCAUAUUACAUUAUUGCUGGAUUUGUCUUUACAGCCAUAUCUGUUCCAUACCUUCGUUCUGAGUACGGAAAGGAAUAUGAAUAUGAGGCACCUGUGAAGCUGUUGGACAAGCAUUUGCACUCCAUGGCACAAUCCGUUGAUGAGCAACUUGUGGUGGUUUCUCAGGUUCUCGUUGCAGAUAUUAAUAUUGGUUAUGAAGACAUUGUCAACACUCAGGUUCUUGCUUUCAACAGCAAACCUGUCAAGAAUUUGAAGGGAUUGGCAAGCAUGGUAGAGAGCUGUAGCGAUGAGUUUUUACAGUUUGAUCUGGAGUAUCAACAGAUAGUUGUCCUCCAGACAGAAACUGCGAAGGCUGCGACGCUAGAUAUCCUUACAACACAUUGCAUACCUUCAGCUAUGUCCGAAGAUCUAAGGACUUGAAGUUCAGCUGCUCUGUGGAUGCAUAUGCAUAUAUCUAAGCAGCCAAACUACUUAGGUUUCUUUUUGCAGGUCUUUUGGUAACUUGGAAAUUGGUUGGUUGGAGCUGCGCAGGGGGGUAAGUUGUUUCUCAAUCCCAUUAAUAUGGGCCCCAAUGAGAAAAGAAGCCAUUCAGAGGUUGCAUUGGCAUUUUUUAAUAUAUUUUCUGAACCUCUAAGAGAACUGCUGGUUCAAUCAUGCAAACCUACAUCUGACAUUUAGCAUAGGUAUGGAAUGCUCACGCUAAAUUGAAGUUUGGCUAUGAUUUUUGUUAGGAAUUUUUGGCAUAAAGUUCUUUUUUUUGAUGAAUGUGAUCGAAUUAUGCAAAGCCACAGUUUUUAGGUGAGCAUACUGUAAUGAAGAGAUCCAUUGGAUCUGGUUUU